UUUCAGGCAUAUUACUAUGACAUUAGACGAGUUUUUAUCAACUGGUGAACCUACGGAGAACGUACGAAUUGUUGCCGCCACACUUUUGACCAUCGUCAGUGUUUUUGGUUCCAUCUUCAAUACCCUAGUAUUCGUCUCCCUGUUAUUACGUGUCAAAAAGAAAGAUGGAUUUCUAAAAAUUUGUUGCGCAAAAAGUUUUGGAAACGAUAUAGUUUGCAUUGGUUAUCUCUUUUGGCCAAUUCCAGUCACAUUUUUUAAUUCCUACUUUUUACCGCAUAUGUUCAAUGCGUUCAUGGGACAGCUAGUUGGAUGGUUUGGCUGGAGUAUAGGACCUUUAUCGCAAGUUCUUCUGACAAGUAAUCGAGUUUUAGCAGUCUUCUUCCCGCAUCUAUACCACAAAACUUAUAGGGUUGCACCGAGUAAUGUAGGAAUCAUGAUAUGUCUUUUUCUGUCAUUUCUUCUAUUUGCGGCAUUCUUUCCGGAGGGUUGUCAUUAUUUGUAUAACUUGAAAGAUAUUGGAUGGUUACCUGAACAAAGCCUAUGCACUUCUAUUCGUCGUUCAAUAUUUAUUGUAUCCAUGAUUAUUAUUGUGAUUGUUACAAGUGUCUGCGGGUUUUUACUGUUUUUCAGACUGAUUGCAGACGCGAAUGCAAUGUCAACUGUACAAUCAACUAGUCGACGCUCCAAAAAUCAGAAGAUAUUAUUUCAAACUUUGACUCAAAAUAUGCUCAUUCUAGUGGACACUCUCAACACUACAGUAACCUACAAACUAUUUCCAGUGUUAUUUUUCCAAUUUCUCACCCUAUCUUUCUCGAUGGUUUUUCUACGGGCACUGGAAGGAUUUAUAAUGUUCAAAAUGAAUGAACGAAUCGACAAAGGAGUUCGUUCAUUACUCGGGUUGAAAACUGAUCAGCUGAAGAAUUUGCAAGGAGCUCAGUCUGUAAUGAUUUGGGCCGUUUCGAGUACUUCUAGGCAUAAUAAUUGAAAAUAGAUCAUCUAAUAUCUUAAUUUUAAUUUUUGUUAUAAAUUAUUGUUUCUAAUUGUUAUAUAUUCGAGGCCGAACAA